AAUUCUGUACAUUUGGCUAUGGAAAAUAAUAAUAAUAAGCAGCCAAAUAAGAACAAAGACGACAAAGAUGGCCGCAAGAGAGUCAGGAGCGAGAAAAUCAACAAUAAAAAGUCAUUAAGAACCAGAGACACCGGCCAACAGGCUGGUCAAUCAUUGGAGGAGCUUCGCGUGAAAUAUAAUGAAAAAAUCGAUUCGAAUAUUAAUUUACCCUCACCGGAUUCAAGGUCGGGAAAUGUGUCGCGCCAGGGCUCGGUGUUUGUGGAUCUUGGACAGUUUCUGGACUUUGAUGAUCUGCUGCCGCUGAUUGGAGAGUUUGGAUGGUUCCAGAAGCUGCUCUUCAUCUUCAUGAUACCCUUCUGCUUCAUAGCCGCCUUUGUAUAUUUGGGUCAGAUAUUUAUGACGCUGGCGCCGCAUAAUUAUUACUGCUUUGUGCCGGAGUUGGCGCUGAUUGACAACGAGACGGAGCGCAUGGAGCUCUCCAUACCACGGGAGAAGGAUGGCUCCUACAGUCACUGUUCAAUGUACGACGCCAACUAUACGGCCAUUCACUUUGCUCUCAAUCGCAGCAUCUAUCUGAAUAUGUCCUGGCCAACGAUACGCUGCCAAGCUGGCUAUGUCUUCGAUCCGGUGGAAAUGCCCUUCCGCACGGCCACCAUGGAGUUUGGCUGGGUCUGCGACAGGGAUUACUUUGCCACCCUCGCGCAGAUGCUCUUCUUUUUGGGCUCAAUUCUGGGUGGUCUUGGCUAUGGGCGCCUUGCCGAUCUCUGUGGCCGCAUUACGGCUCUGGUUAGCAGCUGUUUCCUCGCUUUGGUCGGCAGUCUAUUCACCUCGUUGGCUCCUAAUUUUGUGGCCUUUGCGGCCACACGCGUGCUCGUGGGCGCCUCCUACGAUACUUGUUUCACCAUGAUCUACAUUCUGGUUCUCGAGUAUGUGGGUCCCAAGUAUCGCACGUUUGUGGCCAACAUGUCGCUGGCCAUCUUCUAUGCACCUUUUACCAUGCUGAUGCCCUGGCUGGCGCUGAGCACCUACAACUGGCGCACAUUUUCAGCCUUGUGUGCCAUACCCAUCAGCCUGUCGCUGCUCUCCUUCUGGCUGCUGCCCGAAUCGGCGCGUUGGCUGGUGUCUGUCGGCCAGAUUGACAAUGCCGUGGAGCUGUUGAAGCGGGUGGCACGGCGGAACAACAAGACGGUGGCGCCCAGCGUCUUCGAUCACUUCAGAUUCAGCUGCCAGCAGUUCUACAGGGAGGAGCUGCAGGGGCGACAUUUCGGCAUUUGCUCGAUCUUCAAGAAGCCUCGCAUGGCCCGUUAUAUGGUGCUCAUGAUUCUCAUUUGGAUGGCCAUCUCGCUGGUCUACGAUGGACAUGUGCGGGCCGCCAGUGUCCUGGACAUGCACAAUGUCUUUGUCUUCUUCAGCAUUGCCUGCGCCACAGAGCUGCCGGGCAACAUUCUCGUUAUCCUCACUCUCGAUCGCUUUGGGCGUCGCUGGUGCGCCUUUGUCUUCACCUGUUUGAGUGGAGUCUUCAGCCUCGUGGCUGCUGGCACAAAGAACUCCAAGCACAUGCUGGGCGCGGCUCUGGCUGGCCGCUUCUUUGCCAACAUCUGCUACAACAUUGUACUCCAGUGGGCGGCCGAGGUUCUGCCAACGGUGGUGCGUGCCCAGGGUGUCUCCUUCAUCCAUACAAUGGGCUAUGUGGCUAUGAUGAUGUCGCCACCAGUUGUCUAUCUCUCCAGCGUCUCAACCUCCCUCAUGCUGCUCAUUCUGGGCAUUCUCGGCCUGCUGGGUGGAUUCCUCGCACUUUUUCUGCCCGAGACCCUCUACCACGAUCUGCCGCAGACACUUAGCGACGGCGCUGACUUUGGCCGUGAGCAGCGUAUCUGGCAUGGACCCUGCUGUGGUCCGGGCUCGAAGCGUGUCAAGAGACCCCAACGUUUGUGGCAUCAGGGCUCAAGUCUGCGAACGAUCUCCCGCGAUGAAUUCCGUUCCACCAAAAUGCAUCGAGUGGCGAGAACGCGGGUAGCCCCGCGAAAAACGCAGAUUUCCAGCCAAGACACGGUGGCCGCAGAGAAAAUGAUUCAAACCUAUACCUUUGAGCAUGGUCAAAAAUGAUAGGGAAA